CACUUCCGGCUCUCGCCGGGCCUGCUUCCGGUGUCCGCCCUCCAGCUCCUCCCGCCACCGCCGCGAUGCUGCUGCUGUGGCGGUCGCGCUGCUUGGGCCGGGCGCUGGGCCGCUCGGUGCGCACCCUCCGGCAGGGCAACUGUACUCUGGCAAGGCGCUCCCUGUCUGGUGUGGCUGGCAGCCAGGGACUGGCCUACAUUGACAGCAGGAAGCUCAUAGUAAAUAGCUCCAGUGUCUUCACUGUCCGUUACUUCAGAACCACAGCAGUACAUAGGGAUGACGUGGUUACGGUGAACACCCCAGCUUUUGCAGAGUCAGUCACAGAAGGAGAUGUCAGGUGGGAGAAAGCUGUUGGAGACACAGUGGCGGAAGAUGAAGUGGUGUGUGAGAUUGAAACAGACAAGACAUCAUUGCAAGUUCCAGCCCCAGCAGCUGGUGUGAUUGAAGCCCUUUUGGUACCUGAUGGUGGCAGAGUGGAAGGGGGGACACCUCUGUUCAAACUCAGGAAAACUGGAGCUGCUCCUGCCAAGGCCAAACCAGCAGCAGCCCCUCCUCCUCCUCCUGCAACACCUGAACCUGUAGCUGCAGCUCCUCCUCCUCCUGCUGCAGCACCAAUUCCAACCACAAUGCCACCAGUGCCACCUGUGUCAGCUCAGCCCAUUGACAGCAAACCAGUGUCUGCAGUGAAGCCGGCUGCAGCUCCAGUGGCAGCCCCUCCUGGGGAGCCAGUGCCCAGCAAAGGUGCCAGAUCUGAGCAUAGGGUGAAAAUGAAUAGGAUGCGUCAGCGUAUCGCCCAGCGGCUGAAGGAGGCUCAGAACACUUGUGCCAUGCUGACCACUUUCAAUGAGAUCGAUAUGAGCAACAUCCGGGAGAUGAGAGCUGUACACAAGGAUCCUUUCAUGAAAAAGCACAACCUGAAAUUAGGUUUCAUGUCAGCUUUUGUGAAAGCUUCAGCUUUCGCUCUGCAGGACCAGCCUGUUGUGAAUGCAGUAAUUGAUGACACGACCAAAGAGAUUGUGUACAGGGACUAUGUGGACAUCAGUGUAGCUGUAGCAACUCCCCGGGGUCUUGUGGUCCCUGUCGUUAGGAAUGUAGAAAAUAUGAACUUUGCUGACAUAGAGCGAGCUAUCUAUGAGUUGGGGGAAAAGGCACGGAAGAAUGAACUGGCUAUCGAAGACAUGGAUGGUGGCACUUUCACAAUCAGCAAUGGAGGGGUUUUCGGGUCACUCUUUGGGACACCUAUCAUCAACCCACCGCAGUCUGCUAUCUUAGGCAUGCAUGCCAUCUUUGACAGGCCUGUGGCUGUGGGAGGCAAGAUCGAGAUCCGGCCCAUGAUGUACGUGGCACUGACCUACGAUCACCGGCUGAUUGAUGGCAGAGAGGCAGUGACUUUCCUGCGCAAGAUCAAGGCAGCGGUGGAGGAUCCCCGCGUGCUGCUACUCGACCUGUAGAGCAGUCACACCCCCCACACAACCCACCCAGGGCAUAGACGCAGCACCAGCAGGGGCGCAACGCAGGGCAUUCAGGGACUGGCUGGGGUCAUUCCAGUCUCCCUCCCACCCCUGAGAUCAGAGAUGUCCCAGAGGGAACUGGGAGGAUAGCUCCUACCUCCUUUCCUGUUCUGUUUAACGGAUGGUUCAGCCUCUCACUAGGAUUGCCGUGCAGUGGGCUGACUGCUGAACGGCACUGCCUUUUUGGAGCCAUCUGUGUGGCAUCCUCUCCCUCACGGCACCAAACUCUCACCUCUAGCUUGUCCAAUACCACUGGAAAGUGCUUGCUGCUGCUGUGCUAGGGUAUCCUUUCCUGCCACUCCAGGGUGGGUUCAGCUUUAUUUCCUAGCAUUGAGGUUCUGGGAGGGGAGGGAGAGGAAAGGCUACUGUUCUGUCCCCGUUUUGCUUGAAAAUAUAUCACAUUCGUCUGCCUUGCAAGGGCAGCCUGGGUUCCCCCAGGCCAAUUGCAGCAGAGUUUUUGAUCAGAGCAGUGCUGAGGUAGGUGUUGUGCCCCUGGCAGUGCUCUAAUUACACUCCCUCCACGGACUGGAAUGCAGUGGUUGCAUCUCCCCUGCUUUUCCUUGGAGAUCGUCUGUCUCUCUCUAGCCUGGCCACUGAGACAUGAAUGUUCCUGGCCAAGUAGGCAGAGCCCAUGAUCCCUGUGGAGGCAGCACUGUUCCUGGGGAUGGGAGGCCACCCUUUCACCAUGACAUGCCCAACACUAGGCUAAGAAACAGCCCGCAGCAGCUGUCCUUGAAUCACAGCGUACUGAUGGAUGGGUCUGCGUGUGAGGGCUUGGCCUGCUACCAGCAGAGAGCUGGGGGGGGAAGGGAGGGCUGGUCUGCAAGUGUAAUGUAUAUCCCAGCCCAAGGCUGCUGGUUUUGGGGGGAGGGGGGACAGUCCUUAAUCUGAUAGCGCACACAUGUUAAUGGGGAGUGAGGGGGUUGCUAGUGCCUGCAGAGUCUAUUACUCUUACCCUCUACACUGAACUUGUAACUAAAAUAUUUAACACAGCGGAUUUUAAAUGAAAUAAAACUGGUCAACAACUGCAAGGUGGGCUGUGUUUGGGGAGGUAGUUCCUGAGAGAGGCCUUGGGCAUUGGCAGCCUCUGUAGCACAGCAUGAACAGCCCGUUCUCUGGGAGUGAGAGGAAGGGAACUGGAGCUGGGUCUUUCCGUGGUGAUAGUAAAUGGAAGUUUCUCUGGCUCUGAACUCUCCUGUUCUCAAAUCCUCUGGCAUAGAACUGUCUCUUACCAGAAAAUACGAGAAAGCAUCUUUUUCCAUAUUUCUUUGUCUAUUGACAGCAAAGAAAUCCCAGCAUUUUCUAAGUGGUGUGAUGGCCAAGAAUGAGAACUGGGACAAGCUCUCAGUAUGGUUCUGGAACCAGGUUGGUUUUCCUUGGUAGAACAGGGGUUGUAAAUUGUGGAAGUGAGAAAAAGGGUGUUAAUGGUUGCGCAGGCAAGAAAUGUAAACUGAAAGUUGUUUCUCGUUAUGGGCACUGAGAGCAUUUCUCCAAGGAGCUGUCUGUCUUGGAACAUUAAGAAACCAUUCCUGGAUUGUGGUAGGGGUUUCCCAUCUCUGACAUAAGCUUCAGAGAAUGGUUUGCCUUUACCAGCUAUGAGUAAAGGCAGUCUCUUCUGAGAGAAAACUAUUGCAUGCACAGCUGCAUUGCUGAUGAGAGAAUUUUCUAGUACUUGUUUCUACUGCUUCCUGGCAGCUAAGGAGAAAUAGAUGUGUGGCAUCAGCUUUCCUUUGUGCCUGACUGAGAUAGCUUAGGAGAGGAGAGAAGGGGGGGAGGAAAAACCCAAACCCUAUGCUAUGA